GACUAUUUACGGAAGUGGGAACAGUUGCUGACCAACAAGGAACUAACUGUCGUCAAAUGUAAAGAACGAAGAGCAAGGAGUGUUUUUGUAGGCGGUGGUAUGUCAGCAUGCAGACGGAUGAUGAUGUUUUCCUGCCUAAGUCUUCCGGGACUUUUUGUGUUCUUGUUGGAGUAACGGGUAGUGUUGCUGCCCUUAAACUUCCACUUCUAGUAUCUGAGCUCCUUCAGCUGCCAGGGGUGGAUGUGAGAGUCGUUUCUACUGAGCAUGCCCAACACUUCUAUUGCGCUGAAGAGGUCCCUGCUAAAGUCUACAGUGACAAAGAUGAAUGGGAGAUGUGGACUCAGAGAUCUGAUCCUGUGCUCCACAUUGAGCUGAGACGCUGGGCCGACUUACUUGUCAUUGCCCCCUUGGAUGCAAACACACUUGGAAAAAUUGCUAGUGGUAUUUGUGACAACCUGUUGACAUGUGUGGUCAGAGCCUGGGAUACGAGGCGGCCUCUCCUCUUCUGCCCUGCAAUGAAUACAGCUAUGUGGCAGCAUCCUAUUACAGCCCAGCAGGUAGACAGACUGAAGGAGUUUGGCUAUGUAGAAAUCCCCUGCAUUGCGAAGAAGCUUGUGUGUGGAGAUGAAGGCAAAGGCGCCAUGGCGGAGGUAUCUACUAUCAUUGCUGCUAUCGACCAAUAUCUUCAGCAAACAACUGAAGCAUCUCAGCAAACAUGAGCAGCAUGCAACACGUGGGCCUUUCAUUGUUGCAUUUGACCCAACAACAAUGUCAGUAGCCACAAAUCUACCCCCCUCCCCCUUCCAGUGUUUUUUCACACUGCCUGGCCAAAAACAUUGUCAUAAUUCAUUGGGUUUGAAAAAAGGUUAUAGGAGCAUGAAACACCACUAAGUUCAGAACUUAACAGCAGCUUGACUCGCCUAUCUUAUCUUUACCUGAAUAAUAAUAACUUUGAAAGGAAAUGAAACGCAUUGAUCAUGAAUGUAAUCAAAAUCCUCAUAUUGACUACUAUACUGUACACACAUGUGACAGUGAACUGACUUUAUUAUUUGAGCCAUGUUAUAGUGAAUUUGAACUUAUUGAAAGUAGCAAACAACUGUAGGUUGCCCAGUGAGACACUGUAGUCAUCUGAAACAAUGUAAAUCCAGUUUUGUUGCAUUUAUUUACAUGCCCCCCCCCCAACACAUGUGUGGCCUAUUUAUAUCUACAAUGAAGUCAUCCCACAAUUACUGUGUCAUGUAAAAAUACCUUUCUGGUAUAAUGUCAGCAGUGUAUGAUUAGAUAACUCUUAAUGAAGUUUUUAUGGUGUUUUUGUCAGUUCAAUUUUUCCUGUUUGAAUGAUAGAUGCAGUUGAUGGUGUACUGCUCUUACAGUCUUGUUGUCAUAUAUAAUGCUUUCUUUCAGUGCCAGGAAGCCAUAAAUCUACAUACUAAGUAUUUCACUACACUGUUGCUUAAUACGGUUUUCUAUUCAAGACAAGAAUGACAUCAUUAUGUGACUCCUUGUGCAUAGCUGGAGGCAAUUCCCAAACUCUGUAUUUGUAGGAGAUUUCCAAGAACCUGUUUACGUCCAAGUCCUGUUCAAAUGAUAUGCUUAUGCACAAAUUUCAUCCAAUGUGGAUAGUGAGAAACCUAUUUUUAAGACUUUUAACAUCAUACUCUUAACUCUGUGAUUCCCAAGCAUAGGUACAUGUACCCCUAGUGGUACUUGGGCAAAUUGCAGAGGGUGCAUGGAAACACGGGGCAUAUAUGGGCAUAUACCUAAAUAGAAAAUACUUUUAGCUACGGGCAUGUCCAAGGGGGAAGGAUGUCUUUACUUCAUGACAUUAUGAAAACCCCCAAAAUAUUAGUACAAUAUUAUCUGAUAAGAGUGCACUUUUUCCCAGAACAUUAAGAUUUUAAUCAUCUUUCAUAGUUUUUUACUCCUUCUUUGAAAUAGUGUUUCCUAUUUAUAGAAUCGGACAAACAUGACGUCCACGGUAUGAUUUUUAAAAUGAAAAAAAAAGGAACUCAAAGUCAUUUUUCCUUUCAUGUCGCUAUGGUUUGUAGGAGGUCGAACAUUUUUCUUUUGAAGUCAGUCAGUAAUUGUUCAUAAGGUAUUAAAAUGACACUAAUUACAUGUGCUUAUCCAGCCAGCCACAACAACAUUCUUGUUUAGGGCUGUGGAACGUUGGCGCCUUGCAUUGCUGUACUCCUGUGAUGCAAAUGAGUGGAAACAUUUAAUGCAAGGCGGUUUAUAUCUACAGUCACGUACAGCUGUCAGCCGCAGAGCAGCACGCUAAUUUGCUUUUGCUCCAGAUGGACAAUAUCACCAGAGAGCUUAUUUACCCGGAAUCCCAACUGCAUUGUGAGUUUUGUGAAUCAUUGUAAAAAAACAAAAAAAAAAAAAACAUCCAUCUCCAAUCAGGAUUCCGGUCUGAAUUGUGUCUUUUCCUAGUGGUCUACACUGAGCAGAUUGGGUGAAAAGUUGAAGCCCAAUCACACAUGGGGUGCCAAAUGAAUGUUUGUCUAACCACAUAGUGGUGUACAAUAAACAGCGUGCACUUUCA